GGGGUCCCCCAGACACCCCCGAGCCCCCGUGGGGGGGGGGUGGAGCCUCCCUGGGGCCCGCCCGCCCCUCGGAAGAGCCGGUGGCGUUUCGAACCCGGGCGCCCCCCGCGGCCACCUGCCCGUGUCGGGGUCCCGCCUCGGGGUCCCCCUUUCGGCCGGGGCGGAGAUCAGAGGGAGGCCGGGGGCGCAUCGGGCGGGGCCCUGGGAAAACCGCCCCCCCUUGGCCCCCGGGCACGGUGCCAGCCAGGGAAGGAACCGGGAGGGGCCCAGCUGCCCCGGCUUAAAUUGUGGGGACCCCCCUUGUAUUUCUCCAGCGUCCGUCUCGCCUUUGCCCCCGGCCCCCACCCAGGAAGGGGCCCCCCCCCCAAGGCAGCCAGAGCCCCCACAGGUGGGCUACAGAUGUGCUAGGAGCCCCUAGUGUUUAACCAGGGCUGGUCUCCAUUUGUUGGGGGGGCACCUCCUAAGCUGGGGCAGCCCCCCAAUCCGUCUCCAGGCCCCCCCCCACAUUCCCCCAGGAACAUGGGUCUCUUUAGGACCAAGGGGAACUCCAGACUCGGCAACUCCCCUGGGGUUAGUUCCUUGUUCUAGCUGUUCUGUUCCCCUGCCUAGUAAGGUGCCCUGGGCGGGGAGAAGAAGGGGGCCCGGAGGGGCUGUACCCAGAAUAUCCACUGGUGCACCCCCUCCCCGGCGGACACACCAGCAGCGACAGGUGUCGGGGGCUCAUAGCUGGGUUGGGGGGACAAUUGAGGUCAGAUAGCUGGACCUUAAAAGUGACCCCUGCUCUGCCCCAGAGAGAGAAGGGGAAGGGAAAACUGGGGACCCCCCCCACCCCAAAGAGGGGCAGCAGAUUUCCAGGACAAAGGUGGAUCCGGGAUCCGGCUGAGCACAGACAGAGGAGCGCAGGAGAAGGCAGGUGCCCGUCCACAUGAAGUUGCACGAAACCAGCGUCCUGGGCUACUCCCGCGUGGCGGCGCCCCCCGACCGGCAGGGGCGGCUGUACAAGAAGAGCGAACGCAGCAGCAGCUACCAGCGGCGCUGGUGCGAGUUACGGGGGAACCUGCUCUUUUACUGGGAGCGGCAGGGGGACCGCGAGCCGCUGGGGCUAAUCCUCCUGGAGGGCUGCACCGUGGAGCUGCAGGAAUCCGCCACGGAGCCUUUCACCUUCGAGAUCUCCUAUUCCCACGGGCCGCCGGGCUACCGGGCUUACAAGAUGGCUGCUGAAGACCAGGCCUCCAUGGAGGGCUGGGUGCGGGCUCUGAGCACGGCCAGCUUCAACUACCUGCGGGCCCUGUUGACAGAUCUGGAGGGACAGUACCGGGCCAACGGGGCCCUCGGGGCGACACCCCUGGAAGAGAGGGCUGCGCAGCGCAGCCCAUUGGUGGCAGAAGUGGGAUUGCCAGACUUUGAGGGGCUUCACCGCCAGUUCGGGGAGGAGAUUAUGAAACUGAAGGCGAGGUGGAGGGAGGGGAGAGCAGGAGGGGACCAGACAGUGCAGGGGGACCUGAUUGAUUUGGAGUAGGAGCAGGGAAA